ACAAAAGAAACGCCAGUGCCUGAAUUCGAGCCCGUGUUCCUGCUGAAACAGUGUGUGUUAUUCCGUGAAAACUCCUACGAGUCGGCUAAUCGACCGCCCUCAUCGUACCAGGACUACCUGAUCAUCACUGGAUUCAGAAGCCCGCCGUGCUUAGUUAUAUAUUUCGCCAUGAAACCGAGGUGGAUGUUUCUUGCCUUACUGGCAGCAUGGUGUGCCACAAGUACAGUGGAUGCCAGGAGACCGCUCCGAAAAGUCAGUCUGACAAGCCCCUCUGCACCCAGCGGCGGCAACACGGGCAAGAAGAUCGUGUGCUACUUCACCAACUGGGCGCAGUACCGCCAGGGUGAUGGCAAGUUCCUGCCGGAGGACAUUGACCCGACGCUGUGCACGCAUAUCAUAUACGCAUUCGGGUGGAUGAAGAAGCACAAGCUGUCCAGCUUCGAUGCCUCAGACGACACCAAGAACGGAAAGAAGGGCCUCUACGAGAGGGUCAUUGACCUCAAGAAGAAGAACCCAAACCUCAAGGUCCUUCUCGCCGUUGGCGGCUGGUCGUUCGGGACUCAGCGGUUCAAGGAGAUGGCGUCCAACAGCUACAAUCGGCGGCUGUUCAUCUUCAGCGCACUGAACUUCCUGCGCAGGCGCAGGUUCGAUGGCCUCGACCUCGACUGGGAGUUCCCGCGUGGCAAUGAGGACAAGAAGAACUUCGUCGAACUAGUCAAGGAACUGCGUGAAGCGUUCGAAGCCGAGUCCAAGGAGAAGAAGCUGCCGCGACUGCUGCUCACCGCCGCCGUGUCUGCGGGCGCCGAGACAAUCCGUGGAGGCUACGACGUGCCCGCAGUGGCCGCCUACGUGGACUUCCUCAACGUCAUGUCCUACGACUUCCACGGCAAGUGGGAGAGCAUGACGGGACACAACAGCCCGCUGUACGCGGCCGCCAAUGAGACCACCUGGAGGAAGCAGCUGUGCAUGGACUUCGGCGUGAAGACGUGGGAGCGUCUCGGUGCGCCCAAGGAGAAGAUCGUAGUCGGCACUGGCACCUACGGUCGCACCUUCACGCUGGCCAACCCCAAGAAGAACGGCAUGAACGCCCCGUCCUCGGGCGGAGGGGACGCUGGAGAGUUCACCAAGGAGGCGGGCUUCCUUGCUUAUUACGAGAUCUGUGAUAUGCUCAAGAAGGGCGCCGAUUACGUCUGGGACGACGAACAGCUCGUGCCUUACGCCUACCUCGGAAACCAGUGGGUUGGCUUCGACGACGAGAGAAGCAUCAGGGCAAAGAUGAACUGGAUCAAGGCGAACAAUUACGCUGGCGCCAUGGUGUGGACCGUCGACAUGGAUGACUUCCGAGGUCGCUGUACAUCCAAGACCUGGCCCCUCAUCGGCGCCAUGGCCGAGGAGCUGCUGGGCAGGCCUAGCCGAGGACCCAAGAACGUGCUUCCCAUCGUGAAGAAGCCACGGACGAUUGCUGCCAAGUCGACGCAGACAACCCAGGCUCCGGGAGCCAUCAAGAGAAUCGACAAUCUCAAGGCACCGCAGUCUGCUCAACCUGUCAAGGACGAGGCUCCAGAGCCCGACACCAACGCCCGUGUGGUCUGCUACUUCACCAACUGGUCGGCCAAGCGGAAGGGCAAGGGCCACUACGAGCCAGAAGACAUCGACCCGACGCUCUGCACGCACGUCAUCUACGCGUUCGCCAACAUCAAGGAAUUCAAGAUUGUGUCGACCGAGCCCGUGGAUGAAGGCACUGGCGGCGCCCAGAAAGGCUUCUGGGAGAGGAUUGUGGCCCUCAAGUCCAAGAACCCGCAGCUCAAGGUCAUGCUGGCCGUCGGUGGCUGGAUGCUGGGAUCUGCGCCCUUCAGGGAAGUCACCGAAAACUCCUACAGGCAAUCUUUGUUCGUAUUCAACGCCAUCGACUUCCUGCGAGAGAAGGGCUUUGACGGUCUGGACGUCGACUGGGAAUUCCCCCGAGGCGCCGAGGACAAGAAGAGGCUGGCUGGCCUCAUCAAGGAGCUGCGGGUAGCGUUCGAUGGCGAGGCUCUGGCGUCCAAGAAACCACGACUAAUCCUUUCCAUGGCAGCGCCGGCCAGUUUCGAGGCAAUCUCCGCUGGAUACGACGUCGAAGAACUGAACAAGCACGUGGAUAUGAUCAACAUGAUGACGUACGACUUCCACGGUGACUGGGAACGUCAGGUUGGACACCACAGCCCGCUGUUUCCCCUCUACACGGCCAGCAACUUCCAGAAGAAGCUGACUGUGGACUACAGCGCUGGCGAGUGGGUGCGCAAAGGGGCAAGCAAAGAGAAGCUGCUCGUCGGUAUCCCGACCUACGGUCGUACCUUCACGCUGGGAGACAACAAUCUCACCGACAUCGGAGCACCAUCUAUCGCUGGUGGAAAGCCUGGAAACUACACGGGCGAGACGGGUUUCCUGUCCUUCUUCGAGAUCUGCGACCUCUUGCGAUCUGGAGCAACGCUUGUGUGGGACAAUGAGCAGAUGGUGCCUUACGCCUACAAAGAGGACCAGUGGGUCGGCUUCGAUGACCAGAGGAGCCUCAAGCUCAAGGUCCAGUGGCUUAAGCAGGCUGGCUAUGGAGGAGUGAUGGUCUGGUCUGUGGAUCUUGAUGACUUCAAGGGCUCAUGUACGGGUCAGAGCUACCCGCUCCUGACGGCCAUCAAGGAGGAGCUUAAGGGCUACAAGGUUGCCAACUUGGAAGUGGCAUCCUCUAAUGUCUUCAACUCCUACGGACAGCUCGUCGAUCCCGACGAGGUUGUGUGUGACGAGGAGGACGGCCACAUUAGCUACCACCUGGACAAGAAGGACUGCACCAUGUACUACAUGUGCGAGGGCAAGCGGCGACAUCACAUGCCGUGUCCCACGAACCUCGUCUUCAACCUGAACGAGAGCGUGUGCGACUGGCCCGAAAACGUGGACGACUGCAAGCACAUCUCCAAGACGUCCUCUUCGUAGUCCAGCUGCUCUUCCUUCUUCCAGACUACGCUGCCUUGUCGCCGUCGUCGCCUGUGUCUCAUGAACUGCGUGGCCGUACGGCCUACAGUAACCCGUUUACCAAGUGUGUGUUACAGUGCAAACAGCCUAUUCACAGAAGGUCUUAGAAGUAUUCUGAGUUUGUGUUCACAAAAACGUCUUAUACUAGUAUUGUUCGCAGGAUAAUAUCUUAGCCAGUCCUGAGGGUAAAGAUACCAUAAGCGAAGCCAACUUGCCAGUGGUAGAAGACGCUUAUUGAAGAAGCAGCUUGACCAGUUUGCCAUCAUAAUAGCUGCGACAUAGGCAGUGUUUCAAUAUUUAGGUUAGCAUUAUACGAAGUCGGCGCGUUUGUGUCUCAGAACACGCCGCAGCUUUCUGACUGAAGCAAAAACAAAUGAAAGGUGCUAGCUACAGCCAGGCAAUUGCCGGCGAUUACUACGCUCCUCUUAUUAGUACGCUCCUCUUAACAAGCGAAAAGUGUCAUGUGGAGGAGGGCGCUUUCAAGGGGAUGAGAGGAGAUUGCUCCUUCGGAAAUAUGCGCCUUCGGUGCUAUAACAAGAACUCUUGCGCGCACUUCCUGCAAAACUUCAGUAGUUCAACAUAAAGCAUGACUUCUACCUUUUAUUUGUGCCUUUCCACCCACAAAGUAAGCCUGCUGCCAUCCUUCCCGUGAGGUAUUGGGCGACGACGACCGACAAUAAUCGGCAUCAUAAAGAAAUCAAUCUAGGCGGUUGAACGGGUGACGUCAAAUGUUCGUGAUAAUCGAGUACUUGUAGCCGAAGGCUUAGUUUGCGAGCAGCAUGUUUGGUCACUAUGUGUCUCGGCAUGUGCGAUUUAUUAUUACACGUGCACUCGAGGCGGGACCUUCACAGUGUCCAAUGUAAAGAAAAAGUUAGCGCCGUACUAAGAAUACUAGCCUCAUGGCCUUGACCAAAAUGCUGCUUGGCAACGCACGCUACAAUCACGCACCUUGUAGCGCCAUAUUGAAGAUGGUUGAACAAUCGCAAAAACUGCAGGGCGGCGUCACCCGUUACCGUGUAUAAGUAUCUAGAUUUUAGAUAUUUCGUGAUGUAAGAUGUGUGUCCCUUAUUUUCGUUUCGUUUUCUAGGAUAGAUGUGCUCUUCCGCUUCAGCUCCAAGUAAUAUCAAAAUAUUCUGCUAUGCGACGUACCACACUGUAUUUAGGCACUCCUCAGAAUAUGUUCCAUAAAAAGGUAACGAUACUCAAGGCUAACGUCUGGCGUAAAAUGCUCGUCAUUACAACUUCAACAUGCAAUAGAUAGUCUGUCGCAGGGCUCAGCAAACUGCAUUGUCUACGGAACUCUUGAACUGUUUGGUGCUUGUGGCAGAAUUAUCGUGCGCUCGUUUAAUUUGCCCGCGAAAGUAUCUGGCAUGCAAUGACAAUGUAUGCCUUUAGUUUUUCUUGGAAUUGUCCUUUUCCUAAAGACAGUCAUCAAUUUGAAGUGUCACAAUUCACUCGUUGGAAGCAAUGUUGAAGAGAUGAUCAACUGCAACUCGCGAUGAGCCGUGGCACGUUCUUUGCGACUUAAGGUGCUUUAUACUUAAGCCUUAGACGGAUGUGUACAGAAGCUUACUUAGUAGACCCGCUAUGCCACAAAUCAAGCAUAGGAAGUCUAAAGGAAGUAGCGCUUUAAAUUUAGCUAGAAAAAACCAGUGACUUCACAAGAGUACCCUAAUUCUUCAAAAUAUAGAAAUGUUACAUUAUUACGACAUUGCGAGUGAAUAUAUUGGUCAUACGCUAUAUUUAUUAGCCCAAGUCACUGACGCUUACAGCUGGGUUUCUCAAUCUCGAGAGACGUUGGUUUGCCUCGAAGUGGCCAAUUGGAAGGUGGAUUGCCACUAAGCUAAGGAAACUGCAAAGAAACGCACACAGAGCAACAAACACGUCGUUACAAAGAUGACCGCUCCAGAGCAUGAAACUGCUAGCCCAACAGCAUGCCUUUUGAAGUGUAAUAUUUCAUCCUGAUCGGUUUAUUUCGACCGCUUGGUUGACACCAGUGCAUUAUCGGCUCAGGCUCAGGCUCAUAGGCUGUAUUGAACUAACGUUGCCUUCAACGAACAUGCUCGACGGAGACGUUAGAAAACAACUCUCUAACACAGAUCUGUUAAAAUAGAAACAGCUUUGUCGCUGCCUUUGUUCCACUGCUGCGAAGUAGUGCACACGCAAUUUGCAGCUUCGUAAGCAAAUAGCACACGCAAGUAUGAUGAAACGUGCUAUUUCUACCUUGAAAAAUGUGUAAAUGUCUGCGUGUUUGUAUUAAGGCGCCUGAACAGACAUGAAAAUUUUAGGUAAUGAAACAUCGCCAAAAGGAGUUUUUUACAAAAUAACGUCUCAGAGAUACCGCAAGUGUGCCUUGAAGAAGAACAAAAGGAGCAAAUGUUGUUAUACAUAUUAUGCAUUUUUCAACUGUAUUAUUGUUUUAGAAGAGUAUUUCGUGCUGCAAAAGACAUAUCGUGUUGUUACUAUAGGAUGUAUGCGACACCAUCUAUGUUUUUGUCGCGAAGGUACGUGGAACGGGUGUCAACGUUUUGGGGGACAUCAUAUUCCGCCAACGCAUCUCCAUCUGUUUUUUUUUCCUUUUAAUAUAU